ACUAUCUCUCUGCGCGCUCCCGUGACGCAGCGCGGCUCCGUGCGCACAGAUGCUGGCGUGGAAGUGACAGGCGCGCUCCUCUCGGUGGGACCCAACGCAUCGCAGAGCGGAGAAGAUCUCCCGGUUAACGUCCGUCUGAAAGCCUUCAGACCGGAACCAUGCACCGACUGAGUCUGCGCGCGGCCACCAGGACUUGAGAAGCGACCCGCUCCAUCCGCAGGGGCCACUUCUUAUCUUGUUGUAUUCCGGUGCCAGGAGAGAAGAACCCACGCAGUCAUCCUCCUGACCCCGGUGUUUUUUUUCACGGCGAGUCCGUCGGUGUCAUCUCGGCGCGAUGCGGAGCACCGGGAUCCCGGUGAUGCUGCUGCUGUGCGUGCUGUGCGUGCUCCCGGCGUCCGGAGAGCUCCAACAGGACACGGAGCCGCGGAGACUCCCACCGCCGGGAAAGUUGGAUUUCGGUUACGUGCCGGCGGGAGUUUACGAGACUCUGGCCCAUUACGAACCGGGACCGAUCGGGAUCCUGUUCCACUUGGUGCGCGCCUUUCUCUGCGUGGUGCAACCCAACGCGUUCCCGCAAGAUCUGAUCGUCAAACUGGCCAAGGAAAAAUUUGGAUUCAUUCAGACAGAAUACCAAAAGCCCGAGAACAUAGUGCUGACCCUUCAGGCCAUCUACUACGAGAUAGGCUUCCUGGCGUGUGCCGCGGUCGGCCUGGUGUUCGCCGUCCUGGUGCCGCUGAUCGGCCUCUUCUUCUGCAUGUGCCGCUGCUGCGACAACUGCGGCGGCGAGAUGCACCAGCGGCAGAGGAAGAACGCCGACUGCCGCCGCGGCCUGCUGGGGACGCUGCUCUUCGCCAACUCGCUGGUCAUCACGAUCGGAGUGCUGUGCGCGUACGCCGCCAACCAGAACCUGAGCUCUCAGGUGAAGAACAUCCGGAGGCUGGUGAACAGCAACAUGAGGGACCUGCACACCUUCGCCAACGACACGCCGAUGCAAAUCGAUUACCUAAUCUCCCAAUACGCCACGGCCAAGGACAAAGUCAUCUACGACCUGGACAAUAUCGGCCCGCUGUUGGGUGGAAGGAUACGCGAUCAGUUGGAUAAGGAGGUGCACCCGGCCUUGGACAAUGUGCUCAAUAUGGCAGGAGCCAUGCGGGAGACCAAGGAGGCCCUCGACAACGUGAACGUGGGUCUGGAGGUCCUGCAGGAAGGAACCGGGAGGCUCAACUUCAACCUGAGCCUGGUCCGGACCAGCAUCAACCGCACCCUCAACGACCCGGGCUGCCACGACGAGGAGUCCGACGCCACCUCCGCCCAGCUGUGCCGCAACAUCCGCCGCUCGCUGUCCCAGUUGCAGAUCGGCGCCAAUUUCACCAGGCUGCCGAAGGUGGACGCCCAGCUGGACAAGAUGAACGACGUCUUGAGAACGGACCUCAGUGCCGUCGUCCAGAGGGGCUAUGACUCUUUAAACAACACGCCGCUGAUGGCGGUGGACCAGACCCGGAGCGUCGUGGAGAGUGUGAGGGGGCUGGUGGACGGCAUUGGCAGCAACGUCAGCAGCUUCUCCAAGGUGUUCCCCGUGCAGAGUUCCGUGUCCGACUUCAACAUCUUCAUUAGCCACGCCCACGCCAAGAUCGAGGACCACUACCCUGACAUUGACAAGAUGGACUUCUACAGGUGGAUCGGCUGCAUCGCUCUUUGCUGCAUGGUGGUCCUCGUCCUGGCCUUCAACUACCUGGGCCUGCUGUGCGGCACGCUGGGAUACGACAAGCACGCCUCGCCGACCACGCGGGGCUGCAUCUCCAACACGGGAGGAACCAUGCUCAUGGCCGGCGUGGGUUUCACCGUCAUCUUCUCGUGGGUGCUGAUGGGGGUGGUGACCAUCAUCUUCCUGGCUGGAGGAAACAUGGAGAAACUUUUCUGCGAACCCUUCCACACCAAAGACGUCUUCAAGGUUGUGGACACCCCUUACCUGGUGGAACCGAACAUGAAGAACUUCAUCCCGGGCUUAUUGUACAACGACUCCCACCUGGAGCUGACAGCAGAGAGCUUGUACAGUACUUGCAAGGAGAACAAAGGCAUCUACACAGCCAUGCGUCUGGACAAAGUCUUCAACAUCUCCACGUUCCUGAACAACACAUUGUUCACGAAGGACGUGGUGAGUCAGCUGGACGGCGUCAGGAUCGACCUGAGGGGAAUAAUCCUGCUGGAGGCCGAGGGCAGGCAGAACCUUCUGGACUUCUCUGAAGCCGGGCUCUCAGAAAUCAACUACGCGGACUACCUGGAGGAGGUCAACAAAGGAGUCACUGCGAUGGACCUGCUCCUGUUCGCCACAGAGCUGGAGGCCCAGACGGACCUCAUGCCCCGCGGUGCCCUGCAGAGAGCCCUGAAAGGCCACGUCGGCACUCUGCGGCAGAUCCACAGCCAGCAGAUCGUCUCCAUGGAGCAGGCCAUGAAAUAUGUUAGAGCGAGGAGCGCGCUGAACCAGAGCAUCAGGUUCCUGGAGAGAACGGCGUCAGACCUGCCGAACAAAGUGUUGGCCCUUCUCGAUGCUAUCAAAGCGGCCCAGGACCUCGUCUCCCACAAUGCAACGAGUUUAAUCAAUCUGGAAACGCGAAAAUACACAGCGACCAUUGUGGGAUACUUCCAUCAAUACAUGGAGUGGGUCAAAACAUCAUUGUCUCUGGAGGUUGCACCAUGCAAGCCCCUCAGCAACCUGCUGGACACGGCCGAGAUCAUCGCUUGCAGUUUCCUGGUGGACUCCAUGAACGCCUUCUGGAUGGGUCUGGGCUGCAGCACCCUCUUCCUGCUGCCCGGCAUCAUUCUAGCUGUGAAACUGGCCAAGUUCUACCGCAGGAUGGACACAGAGGAUGUUUACGACGAAGUCAGCCAGAGUCCGACCGCUGUGCACCUGAUCCUUUUGUUCAGAGAGAGGCAAGCAUGCAGAGCUUCGGCCUUUUUUUCUUCUCCACCUUAACGAGACGUCUAAAACCGCAUGCUUUGUGUUUUUGAAGUUGCGUUUUGGGGGGCGAGGGCGCGUUCGGGGGCAGGCGACCCGAUGUAACAGAGAAGCUGUGAGAAGAGAGCGGAACAGCUGAAGCAGACACCUGUGCUUUCACAGUCGUCCUCUUUUCGACCAUUUGAACGUAUCUUUUACAUGAGAGGACUAUCCUUCCAAAAGGAGCGAUCCGCUUUUUUGAAGGGAAAAUUGACUAUUAAAAGCAAAGAUAUAAAAACUUAAUAUCGACUUAAAAAACUUCUAUACCCUUUCAAAAAUAUAUGCAAAUAACAAAAUCAAUCAUCAAAAAUCCAGCAGUCUUUUUAAAGGGGCAACGAGUAACUUACAACCUCCAUUGACCUUUAUUAAAAAAACAAUAGCUGACACUUUAAUCUUUUAAACCAUGUUAACCUGGAAGUGACACAAUCAGGGCUGCUUUGAGACUUUCUGCCCCUUUAAGUGACCUCAAUGGGAUGCUGAUGCAGCUGUUCUGCUCUACGGCCCGGUGGUAAGCUGCCCUGUGAUCCUAAAGUGUGUCCCCUUUUGUGUGUGUGUGUGUUCCUGCCCGUAGCGUCCCCACCUAUGACUCUAUGAACAGGUUCCCGCGGGCCUCGGCUCCUCCGAGGCACAUCGACUGGUGACAGCAAGCCGGCACCUUGUCCCCGGCUCCUGAAAGGUACCGUGUUCAGUGACGUCGUCUCGCUCGACGCCUCCCUCUCUCUCUCUCUCCGACCUUCGACCUCUGUCCCGCGCGGGCGUCACCUCUUGCCGCCGCCGCCGUCUCUGCCCGUCUCUUUUCCUUUUCUAACCCGACUCCCUCUAACACUUCUUUACAGCUGGUUUUAGUGCUUUUUCUGCUCACAGUGCCUUUGCAGGAGAACCAUCACGAUGAGAAAUUUCGGAAUCACUAACGAAGCAUAAAUGUCUUCUUCAUGGUGUUUAUGUCGGACUGCCGUAGAGGAGCUGAAUGAGCGAAUGGGACCACUUUCUGCUUUGUGUGAUGCUAAUUAAGGAGAACAUCUUACUAAUACCCUGGAUGUCACGCGACGCAAUGUCAUAGUGUCUCCCUGACCAUGGAGAGCAUUUUGGAAAAUAUCUUUUAACAUCUGCAGGGAAAUGCACUUUUUAGAGAAACAAUCCGUACCACUAGUACCACUAUAUUUAAUAUAUAUCAUAUCAGUAGCAAUAUUAACCUCCAGGGACAUCCAAGAAAAGAAGAGAAAAAGCCCACUUGAUAUUGUAUUAAUCUAAUUUAAUGCUCUCCAUUUUUUGCCUUCUCAGUGCCCUCGAAAACUGGACCUGAAAUACAGCACACUGUCUGUGUGACGAGCCCUCGGACCAGAAGAAGGCGCUUUCUUCCCCUCAAGAAGAGGAAAACACAAAUCCCGUUGGGUGUAUCUUCAUCUUUUUUUUUACCUGUAGCUCUACUGAACCUCCUCCAAGGGACAUCAAACUCUUCUUCCUCAGCAUCAAUCUGAGCCAGGCUUGCUCUGCAUUAUUAGUUUUUUUUUUUUUUUCAAGGACUGCCGUGUCUUCGUUUACAAUUGUUCAGACACAAAGCCACGCUGGGAAAUGACUUUGGGCGAGAGGACAACUGCUCUCCAACACGCGCUGCCACCAGAAACGGGGGACAGUCUGUCCAUUCACCUGCAAGGACACAGGACAUUUAGCCGUUUGCUUCCACCUGCAGCUGGUGGUAAAAACCCUGCGCAAUUUUAAAGGCUUGGAUGAUUUGAACAAAGCGGUGUACAGAAACAGGUGGGGGGUGGGGGAGGGGCGGGCGUUAAUAAAAUGUAAAGAAAUGAAGCAUGACUUUAGGAAAACGAAAUGUUUACAACAUUAUGAAAACAUCCAUACGUCUUUGCUGGUUUUGAGCAGAUUUCAAAUGAUUGGUUGCCUUUUAGAACUUCCAUGCAGUUGUUGAUGGACGUGCUUCUUUGUUAAAAGGGAAAAUCCACUGACGGAUAAAAGGAUUUUUUUUUUUAAACAUACCAUCUUUUUGUGCAAAAAAUCUAUUUUUAAAGUGUCUGACUUUUUCAUCAUCAAAAUGUUAUGCUGCUUUUCUGAUCUAUUGUUAUUUUUCUUUUUGAGGGGUUGAUCUGAAACCCAAUCAUGACUCUGUUCAUAACUUGAAGUCUUACAAGUUGUGUUUGUCAAUGGCCGGUUAGAAGUUUAACCAAAGAGGGAUUUUUUCUACCUUCCAUUGACUCAUCUUAUUUGUUAAAGACAACCGACUGAUAAUAUUUAAAUAAAACUGAACUAGUCAAAUCAAUGAAAAGCAGGACAUCAACCAAUACAAUUUUACAAAUCAGUUUCGGUAUUUGAGGUGGAUUUUCCCUUUGCAUUGAUUACAUUGAUGUCUGUUCCUGAGCCGGCAUCAUGUAGAGUUUACCAUCGUCACAUUUCUAUUGCUUUCCUAGUGAGGAUGCGUUUAAAGUGGAGAAUUAUUUUCUCACGGCAAAUUUUUUUUUUUUCAGUAAGUAGACUCAGCUCUUGGUGGUCUGUACCAGGGAUGAGCUUAUUCUGUUUUUUAAAACCCCCACAGUAGCUAUGGAUACAUUUAGUUUUUUUUAAAUCUAUGGAACGAGUGAAUGUAUUCAAGAGCUAUCUUUUUUUUAAUGUAUAACUUGUGAAAUGUUAAAUCACUAAUGCAGUGGGCAGGCCAAUCGAGUCCCCCCCAAGUUUACAGGUUAGAAUUAGACAAUCCAGUCAUGGGACAAUUCACAACGUAGAAAACCAAUGCUUAAUGGUUUUCACAGUGGAUGGUGUUGUUGCACUGUGAAAAAUGUCCAUCUUAACAUUAAAAAAUUGUAUUAAGCUAAUGUCUCUGAAUGAGCUACAAUAUAUAAAAACCAUCAACACAAUGAAAUACAUUUACUAUUUUGGAACUUUUAGAAUUAGCUGCCACGAUUUCAAAGCAACUUCAAGGCUUCCUUAUUGAUCUUACACCAUUAGCAUCAAAGUGUAUUAGCAAAUUAGCAUGAAAACUACAGAAACAUUUGUUCUCCUGGACAAUUACCUUUAACUAGCAUCACAUUAACAAACUCCAUGAAUCAAUCAAGAGCAUUUUAAUCAUUUCAUAUUAAAUGUACCUGACAGGAAUAUUACAGUAUACGUGGUAUCAGGUACAUACUUUAUCAACGUCAUUUGGAUGACGUGCAUAAUAUUGCAUACAAUUUGUUUGCUUUUUCUAGUGUCGAUGGACAUUUACCAAGUAUGUGUGCUCACGUCACACGACCAGCAUUGUGUGCCAGCGUCUGGCUGAGAUCCUUCUUGGGAGAGAGACUGAUUUUAAGUGCUUAUAGUGUGUGUCCAAACACUGAUACAGCAGUAAGUGGUUUGAGGAAAGUUGGGCACUGAUGGAGCCAGAGAAACAAAUGCGAUGAAGUGUGUAAAUUGUGAAUAAACUGAAAUUCAGUUA